CGGAUCUUGGUGUCAGAGCCGCCCCUUAGCCGGGGCGGGCGCCUCAGCCAUGGCCCUGCGCAAGGAGCUGCUCAAGUCUAUCUGGUACGCCUUCACCGCACUGGACGUGGAGAAGAGCGGCAAGGUCUCCAAGUCCCAACUCAAGGUGCUGUCCCACAACCUGUACACGGUCCUGCACAUCCCCCACGACCCCGUGGCCCUGGAGGAGCACUUCCGGGAUGACGACGACGGCCCCGUGUCCAGUCAAGGCUACAUGCCCUACCUCAACAAGUACAUCCUAGACAAGGUGGAGGAGGGGGCUUUCAUUAAGGAGCACUUCGACGAGCUGUGCUGGACGCUGACGGCCAAGAAGAACUACCGAGCUGAUGGUGACGGCAAGGGACACAGCCCGCUCUCCAAUCAGGACGCCUUCCGGCUCUGGUGCCUCUUCAACUUCCUGUCUGAGGACAAGUACCCGCUCAUCAUGGUUCCCGAUGAGGUUGAGUAUCUGCUGAAGAAGCUUCUCGGCAGCAUGAGUUUGGAGAUGAGUUUGGGCGAGCUGGAGGAACUGCUGGCCCAGGACGCCCAGUCAGCCCAGACCUCCGGUGGGCUCAGCGUCUGGCAGUUUCUGGAACUCUUCAACUCAGGCCGCUGCCUGCGGGGUGUGGGGCGGGACUCCCUCAGCAUGGCCAUCCAAGAAGUCUAUCAGGAGCUCAUCCAAGACGUCCUGAAACAGGGCUAUCUGUGGAAGCGAGGGCACCUGAGGCGGAACUGGGCCGAGCGCUGGUUCCAGCUACAACCCAGCUGCCUCUGCUACUUUGGGAGUGAGGAAUGCAAGGAGAAACGAGGCACCAUCCCCCUGGACGCUCACUGCUGUGUGGAGGUGCUUCCGGACCGCGAAGGAAAACGGUGCAUGUUUUGUGUGAAGACUGCCAGCCGCACGUAUGAGAUGAGCGCCUCAGACACGCGCCAGCGCCAGGAGUGGACGGCCGCCAUCCAGACUGCGAUCCGGCUGCAGGCGGAGGGGAAGACAUCGCUGCACAAGGACCUGAAGCAGAAGCGGCGGGAGCAGCGCGAGCAGCGCGAGCGGCGCCGGGCAGCCAAGGAGGAGGAGCUGCUGCGCCUGCAGCAGCUGCAGGAGGAGAAGGAGAGGAAGCUGCAGGAGCUGGAGCUGCUGCAGGAAGCUCAGCGGCAGGCCGAGCGGCUGCUGCAGGAGGAGGAGGAGCGCCGCCGUAGCCAGCACCGGGAGCUGCAGCAGGCUCUGGAGGGCCAGCUGCGAGAGGCGGAGCAGGCCCGGGCCUCCAUGCAGGCUGAGAUGGAGCUGAAGAAGGAAGAGGCGGCCCGGCAACGGCAGCGCAUCGCGGAGCUGGAGGAGAUGCAGGAACGGCUGCAGGAAGCGCUGCAGCUGGAGGUGAAGGCUAGGCGGGAUGAGGAGGCCGUGCGCCUCGCCCAGACCAGGCUGCUGGAGGAGGAGGAGGAGCAGCUGAAGCAGUUGAUGCGUCUGAAGGAGGAGCAAGAGCGCUACAUCGAGCGAGCGCAGCAGGAGAAGCAGGAGCUGCAGCAGGAGAUGGCGCUGCAGAGCCGUUCCCUGCAGCAAGCCCAGCAGCAGCUGGAGGAAGUGCGGCAGAACCGGCAGAGGGCGGACGAGGAUGUGGAGGCUGCCCAGAGGAAGUUGCGCCAGGCUAGCACCAACGUGAAACACUGGAACGUUCAGAUGAACAGGCUUAUGCAUCCGAUCGAGCCAGGAGAUAAGCGCCCCACCACCAGCAGCUCCUUCACAGGCUUCCAGCCCCCUCCGCUUGCCCGCAGGGACUCCUCCCUAAAGCGCCUGACCCGCUGGGGUUCCCAAGGCAACAGAGCCCUCUCAGCCAACAGCAGCGAACAGAAGUCCCUCAACGGUGGAGAUGAGACUCCUGUCCUGGCUGUGGCCUCUCAGGAAGAGAAACUGGAUCCAGCACCAGAAAAUUAGCCUCCUACGACCCCCUCGUUCUUCCGAUGCUGUGUCCACGGACCUGGGCACGGCGGGCCUGCGGGUGGUUCCCGCCUCUGGUAAGGUCCUGGUGCUACCGUCUGCGGACCGAGAGCCGGUCCAGGAUCGAAUUUGGUUACUAUUCUCAGCAGGCCGAGACCAUGGAGGCUGUCUGGGAUAUUAAUACUUGAGAAUAUGGCUCUGUGCUUCAGCCUCAAGGACCCUGGACCAGAGCUAGGAAAGAAAAGGAACGACUGGGGAUGGAGAGAUGGCUCAGCGGUUAAGAGCACUGACUGCUCUUCUGGAGGUCCUGAGUUCAAUUCCCAGCAACCACAUGGUGGCUCACAACCAUCUGUAAUGGGAUCCAAUGCCCUCUUCUGGUGUGUCUGAAGACAGCUACAGGGUACUCAUAUAAAUAAAAUAAAUAAAUCUUUUAAAAAAAAAAAAAAAAAGGAAAGAAACGACCAAGACAAAGAUCACAUGCCCCUCCCUCCAGCCAAGUCAUGGAGACAUAUUUUCAAAUGAAACUGCUCACACCUCCCCACUCCUCGUGCCCC